AUGGGUAUUUUUGACUCUGCAACGCGCGUUUUCGUUGUCGCCACGGCGCUACGCUUCGUCUUGCUUGUCUACGGCGGCUGGCAGGAUGCCAAUUCCGCUGUGAAAUACACCGACAUCGACUACAUGGUGUUUACUGAUGCGGCCCGCUACGUCUCCAAGGGUACAACGCCUUAUGCGAGAGAUACCUAUCGCUACACGCCGCUUUUAGCGUGGAUGCUUCUUCCGACAGCUUGGGAGGGUGCGGCCCCCUGGUCCACCUUGACUUUUGCAUUUGGCAAGGCGCUUUUUGCCUUAGCCGAUGUGCUUGCUGGGUGGUUGGUUGUUCAGUUGUUGAGGCAAUUUUAUGAUUUUCCAGCCGAGCGUGCGCUGCGAUAUGUCGCCUCAGUGUGGUUGUGGAAUCCUAUGGUUGCUAACAUUAGUACCCGUGGAAGCUCGGAGGGGCUUCUUGGCGUGCUUGUUGCCGCGUUAUUGUGGGCGACGUUGACACGGAGAGCUAUUUUGGCGGGUGUGAUUCUUGGUCUUGCUGUUCAUUUCAAGAUCUACCCUUUCAUCUAUGGAGUGUCUAUCCUCUGGUGGUGGGAUGCUCAGCGCGAUGGUGCCCCUCUUGCUACGAAGACCGACAUGUUUUCUCGAAUCACAGGCUUCAUUACUGCUUCUCGAGUCAAAUUGACUAUGGCGGCUCUUGUCACCUUUGUCAUCUUGAACAUGGUCAUGUAUAGUCAAUAUGGCAUGCCGUUCCUCCACCACACCUUCUUCCACCACCUCACGCGCAUCGACCAUCGUCACAACUUCUCCCCUUAUAGUACUUUGCUAUACCUCACAUCCGCAGACGUUGUGACUUUCCAUUUCGAGACAGUUGCAUUUUUGCCCCAGCUACUGCUUGCUGUGGUUGCCCUCCCCAUAGUGUUGGCAAAGAAGAGCUUGACGACCGCCAUGCUUGCCCAAACAUUUGCAUUCGUCACUUUCAACAAAGUCUGCACUAGUCAGUACUUCAUUUGGUACUUGAUUCUUCUCCCAUUCUACCUACCCUCUUCCUUGCUCAUCCGCAAGCCCAGGUUGGGUAUCGCGGCUGCAGUUUUCUGGAUCCUUGGACAGGCUUUCUGGCUCUUCCAAGGCUACAACCUUGAGUUCCUCGGCCUUUCAUCCUUCGUCCCCGGACUCUUCCUUGCAUCUGUGAUUUUCUUCGGCGUCAAUGUCUGGAUUCUGGGUAUUAUCGUGAAUGAUGGAGGCGCAUCCGAGGACAGUAAUGACUCGCUUAAAAUGAAGCAGUGA